AUGUCCAGUCCUACGAUCCGCUGGGUCAAAUUCAUAGUCUACUCGGGUGCCAUCAUUGGUUCCGGUGUCUGGCUACAAAAUAAAACAGUUCCCAAUGAGAAAGACUACUACAACUCUCUGUCUCCCGAUCUGAAAGCCAAGAUGGACCAAAUCAUCAGACAACGAGAAGGAAGCAAGACGAUGAAGGAGAAGCUGCAGGAAGCAGGUGACAAGGACGAAGUCAUCUGGGGAGACCAAUUAUCGAAGCGCAAGCCAUUAUUCCAAGACCGGAGAGUCUAG